CAUUUACUUCUCAUCUUGUUUUCCUGUUUGCCCACAGGUGCGCCUGACCCUACAGCUGGUGCCAGUAUUGAUGAUGACAACUGCUGGCACCUGGAUGAGGAGCAGGUUAGGGAACAGGUGAAAAAUCUACUUCAACAAGGAGGUUAUUAUGACUCUGGAAAACAACUCAAUUCUCUCUUUGCUAAGGUCCGUGAAAUGCUCCGUGUUCGUGAUUCCAAUGGUGCUAGAAUGUUGACAUUAAUUACCGAACAGUUUAUGGCAGAUCCACGUUUGCCGUUAUGGCGCCACCAAGGAACACCCAUGACUGACAAACAUAGACAACUCUGGGAUCAAUUAGGUAUGUUGCAAUCUCAACAAAAUUAAAGCAUAUCUUAAUUG